AUGGUCAGCUUCUCAAGGACACCAACUUCGGAGCGCGUCCGUUUUUCGCGAGACACGAAGCUCUCAGACUAUGAGAAACGAAGACGGUCUAACGCAGCAAGUGAGUUCUUGGAGAACAGCAGCGGCACAAAUUUGAAGUCGGAUCGCUACAGAUCUUCCAUCGGAUCAAGCAUCAAAACGCGCUACGAAUCGCCUAGAUCUAUUUUGCGCCCAUCUGCUCACGAAAAAAAAUCAUACGAACUCCUUGGAGAAUCGCCUAUUCGCAGUAUUCCUGACUCUAGACGCUUUGAGACUGAUGAUAUCUUAAGUUCCAUCAAGAAAAAACGCUAUCCGCUAACAGAUCGGCGCUCGCGUGUGACAAAGCCAACCUCCAAUCGAGCUCAUGACGGACUUUUGGGGUCUUUGACCUCAAUUGGCUCCAAACUCUUGCAAUCUGUGCUGUACAACGAAAAUAAAGACAUUGCGUCAGAACAAGAAAGUAAACAAGAGAUAAGACCCACUGAAAGGAUAAAGAUAGACCCUGUUGAGCCUGUUCGGGCUUCUUCCAGCAGUGUGGAACGAACAUUGAACGAGAAGUUUGGCGUUCUCGAGAGCCUUAUUCGCGAGCUAAAGACUGAAAGCAGGGAGACGGUGAUGGAUAAGCUUACUGAUCUUAAAGGUGAAAUUUUGAAUCUUCGGGCAUCCCAGGAACUGAUAAAUACAAAGUUUGAAGAAAGAUAUGAAGAGCUUAGAAUUGAAAAUGAGCUCAACAAGCGCAAGUUUGAGAAAUUAUUUGCUGACUUAGAAGCCAAACGUGAUGAGCUGGACAAGGAAAAGACCGAAUACAUCAAACUCCUCCAAAAAGAGACUCGCAAGCGAUAUGCUGACUCUCUCGGCUCAGAUGAAGAUGAAUAUCCAAAGAAAAGGCGGUUUGUAAGAGAAAAUGCACAGGACACGAUCGACAAGAUGAGGAAAAGGAAUAAGCAAAUGAAUCAGAAUAUCUCGGAAAGCAUUUCUACGACGAAGAAAAUUGGUAGCAUGAUAUAA